GGUUUUAUUAUUUCAAAAUGCUGUUUUUGUACCUUAUUCAAUAUAGGUGGGUGCAUAUCGUCUGUGCUGUGGCAGUUCCAGAGGCUCGUUUUGUAAAUGUGAUUGAGCGUCAGCCAGUUGAUAUUAGUGGUAUUCCAGAACAGCGGUGGAAACUGAAAUGCGUAUUUUGCCGGAGUAAAAUCCGCAAAGAGGUCGGUGCCUGUGUCCAGUGCUCAGUUGAUCGAUGUUCAACCUCUUUCCAUGUCACAUGUGCACACAUGGCUGGCAUAUCUAUGAAGCCUGAUGAUUGGCCAUAUGUUGUAUCAAUUACCUGCUUCAAGCACAUGGCUGCUAAUCAAACUAAUAUGAUUUCCAGGGAGGUCUGUGUUGGCCAAACUGUAAUAAGCCGUAAUCGGAAUGGUCUGUACUAUCGCUGCCAGGUGAUUGGAUUGGCUACGCAUAUUUUUUAUGAAGUCAAUUUUGAUGAUGGCUCCUACAGUGAUAAUGUAUAUCCUGAAAAUAUUAUGGAGAGGGAUUGCAUUCAGGAUGGGGCACCAGCAGAGGGCGAGUUGGUAGAGCUUAGAUGGAUUGAUGGAAAUAUUUACAAAGCCAAAUUUAUUUCAUCAAAUGUCAACUUCAUUUAUCAGGUGGAGUUUGAUGAUGCAUCUCAGCUAAUGGUAAAACGCAAUGAAAUCUUUACAUUGGAAGAGCCACUACCAAAGAGAGUGAAAUGCCGAUUGUCACUCAGCACAGGAGCCCCUUUAGAGGGCACUGAGGAUGUACAGAUCAAGCGCCCAAGAAUGUCCAGUCCAACUACUAACCAGAUAACAGAGAAUAAUGAAAUCCUUUCUGAAGUGAAAGAGCCUAUUACAGAGAAUAUUUUUGAUCCAUCUGACUUUUACUGACCCUACCAUCUAGCUACUU